AUGAGCACGGCGGUUUUAAGAUAUGUUUCUUCGGAUGCGGGUAAAUCAAAAAGAUCUUUUUCCGCGCCUGUUAAAAAGUCUAAUUCCAGGGAAACUAUUCACCAUUCAAAUUUGGGUAGAGCACUACGGAUUCCCUGCAAAAAUAUAACACUUGAUUGUACGUCAAAAGUAUUAACAAAAUCCGAGUAUGAAUAUUUCCGUAAUUGUGCGAUUGAAGGUCUCAAAACGGAGAAAGAAAGGCGAGAUAAUUUUUACGAAAAUGAGAUGAAGAAAGAACAUUUGCUGGCGGAGAGUAUUGCUCGGAAGGAAAAAAUACGGCAAAUAGACAUGGAAAAAUUGAAGAAGAAAACUAAUAAGCUUGAUGAGUUUGAAGCUGAAGCGAAGGCGAGGACUAUGCAUUUGUUAGAGAGAGCUAAUAAUUUGAAACUGGAGCAGGAAGAAGAGAUGCAGUUGUGCAAUAAAUUAAUUUUAGAGACCAAGUGCCGAGCUAUCAGAGAUCUUCAGAUUGCAGAAAGAAGAUUGAUUGAAAAAGAAAUGACCCAAGAAGAAAAGCGGCUGAAUGAAAUGAUGGAAAAUGAGCGACGGGAAAAAAUACAAGAAGAGAAGAAGAAAGAAGAGGAAUUAGCUGCUAAAAGGCGGGAAUUUGCAUCCCGGUUGAAGCAUCAAAUAAUCGAAAAUGAAGAGCAGAAGAUUAUUGAGUUUGAGAGGAAGCAAGAGGAGGGUAAAUUGAUAAAUCUCAGUAACAUUGCGUGGAUGGAUGAAGAAAUACUGAAGGAAAAGAGAAGAAAAGAGCAGGGCGCGUUGAUAAGGAAGGAACUGGCUGCUGAAAAUGAACGGCUGAAGAAAUUCAAAGAAAUGGAACGCGAGGAGAACAGAAUUAUUGAUAUGAGAAUAAAAGAGUAUCAGAAAAUGAAGGCAGAGCGUGAUAAAGCGAUUGCAGAGACUCAGAAGGCCAUUCAAGCUGAGAAAAAUCAAGAGCGAAUUCGGGUAAUGAAACAGGCGAUGCAGGCUCAUGAUUUUCAAGCCCAAAUUGAGGAGCUUAAUGAAAUACGGAUCAAAGAGGAGGUAGAGCGUGAGUGGCGGCGACGGGAAAAAGAAGCUGCGCUUAAUAAAUUGAAGACAAGGCGACAAUUUGCUCAGGCGCGACAGGAUCAAAUAAAGUCCCGUAAAAUUCUUCAGGCUAUGGAGUUGGAGCGGGAUAAGCGUGAAUUUCAGAAAAUUGUUGCCGCGCAAAAAGAAGCUCUGGCGAAGGAGCAGGAAAAUCGAGAGAAGCAGCUACGGCAAGCUCAGAAACAUCGUGAUGAAAUAUUGAAACAAGUUAAUGACAAAGAAAAGGACAAAGUUGAAGCAAGGCGGAGGGUGUUUGAAGAGGGUAUGGCUCAGAGGGCGGAAAUUGAAAUGAGAGCAAGAAGACUGAGAGAAGCUAUGGAAAGAAAAUGCCAAGAAAUGAGAGAAAAUAAAGUUCCAGAAGUUUAUAUCAAUGAUAUCAAAAGCAUGAUUGCUAAAAUUCAAUAA